AUGCCUCCUCGAUAUUCACCUAAUCCGAUUCAGUUCUUGCCGUUUCUCUACCCGUCUCUCUUUGUCAGGCAGAGUACCAAUGUUCGGCGACUUCCCUUGCUAGCAUUUUGGAGUCGAUCUAGCAGCACCGAAAGCGAAUCCGCCGAGCCCCGAUCCCGACUCAACCCGGCGCCAGAUGAUUUCUUCACUCCCAAUUUCGCCGACAAGGCGAAAGUGACCAUAUAUGCAGGAGGCGGUGGUGACGGUUGCAUUUCCUUCUUGCGCGAGGCCUACGUGGAUGAGGGACCUGCGAACGGCGGAGACGGCGGUCACGGGGGGAACGUCUACAUCCAGGCGGUACAUGGCGAAACCUCGCUCCAUAAGCUAGCCCGAAGGCGCUUCAUCCGUGCCGAGAGGGGGAAACACGGGCAGGGGAGCUCCCAAGGCGGCCAAAGGGGGGAGGAUGUGAUCAUCACUGUACCUGUUGGCACCGUCGUGAAGGAGUUGAGCCGGCAGGACCCCGAAGCAGCGCAAGCGUUCUUGGCGGAUAGGCGGCGGCGCAGAACUCGGUCGCCAGCCCCUCCCAAACCCGCACCCGAAGCGACCGCUGAAGGCGAACCGGCGGAAGACCCCGACCGGCACAAGUGGCUGCUUUAUCCAGGCGUGUCAUCUUCCGAGGCUGCGAGGAUUGUGGUGCCACGGCUGCCCCGUCGUGACCGCCUGUAUGCGCAACCUCCCUCGCCGAUCCAUCUGGAUCUUUCCCGACCGACUAUCCGGCCGAUCCUCCUGGCUGCUGGAGGCAUUGGCGGGCUGGGAAAUCCACAUUUCGUUUCUAGGGAUUACCCCAGGCCGCUCUUUGCGACCAGGGGCGAACCGGCCAUCUCAAUGGAGAUUGAGCUUGAACUCAAACUCUUAGCCGAUGUUGGCUUAGUGGGCUUGCCAAACGCCGGCAAAAGCACGCUGAUCCGGGCUCUAAGCAACAGUCGGGCGCGGGUCGGUCACUGGGCAUUCACAACACUACUACCUAACAUCGGCACCGUCGUUCUCGACAAUAACAAGGGACGCCCGGUCGUCACCAGCUAUCGUCGGAAAUCUGUUUCGGAGUCCCCUGAUCCCUUUGCUACCGCCGCGGAAGCAGAGACGGAGUUGGAACGGAGAACUAGGUUCACAAUCGCCGAUAUUCCUGGUCUCAUUGAAGGCGCCCAUCUAGACCGGGGGCUUGGAAUUGCCUUCCUUCGCCACGUGGAGCGGGCCGGCGUCCUCGCCUUCGUCAUCGAUUUGAGCGCCGGGAAUGCGGUCAAGGCACUGAAUGCACUUUGGAACGAAGUCGGGCUCUAUGCCAGGAUGCGAGAAGAGGAGGAAAAUGACCGGGAGAGGGACUCCCGGAUCGACUGGGACAUCGGAGCUGGCACAGACGGCACGGGCUCCCAGGGCAUGGGGUCGAUGACGAUGGCGGAUUGCCCGCUACCUCCCCCCAACCCAACCGGCCUGCAUAUAGCAGCAAAGCCGUGGUUUGUGGUGGCCACGAAGGGCGAUUUGCCGGACACGCAGCAGAACUACGAGGAGCUAAGGGAAUACCUCGGCAGCAUCACCAGAGGGGACACGCCUCAUCCGAGUGGGAUCGAGGAUGGGUGGACGGAGAAUUGCGUGGCUAUCCCUGUUCGGAGGGCCUCAAUUGAUAGUAUGGCACGAAAUAAGUUCAAGAACCGUGGCGGUCGUGGAGGCUUCCGACGAGAUACCCGUCGCGGCGGUGGAGGAUCGCGCCCCUACCAAAGCUACCCCGAUGUUCCCAAGGCGAACGAGAGGCUCGAGGGGUACUACAAUGCCUUGCUCAACCUGCCUGAUGAGGAGAAGAAAGAGUUCUGGGAUGCGCUCAAGCGGGAGCUUCCCAACAGCUUCAGAUUCUGCGGCUCUAAAGGACACGCCCUCGCCGUCAAGCGACUUCUGCAGUCUAGAUAUAUCCCCGAGAUCACCAAAAUCACCAACGUGGAUGGCCAGGCUGUCGAUCCGCCCAAGCCAGUGCCAUGGUAUCCCGACAACCUCGCAUGGUGGAUGACCACCCCGAAAAACGUCAUUCGGAAGUUUCCCCCGUUUGCCGCCUUCCAGAAGUUCCUCGUGUCCGAAACCAGCGUGGGCAACAUCAGUCGCCAGGAGGUUGUCAGUAUGAUCCCACCCCUGUUGAUCGAUGUUCGACCUGGCAUGGUAGUUUUGGAUUUGUGUGCGGCCCCUGGAAGCAAGGCUGCUCAGCUCCUCGAGAUGGUCCAUCGGGGCGAAGAGGCCCGUAUGCACAAGGUCAUCAGCUCGUUUUCUGAGAAUGGCUAUGGAGUGAAGACCGAGGAGGCAGAAGACGAGGCCGCCAGGCUAGAGGCGGAUCCGAGCGACGACGGCAGGGCCACAGGCCUGUUAAUCGCGAAUGAUUCGGACUACAAGCGGAGCCACAUGCUUAUCCACCAGCUGAAGAGGCUUUCUUCCCCGAACAUGGUCGUCACCAAUCAUGAUGCCACCAUGUUCCCUUCGAUCAAGAUACCAAACCUCGAGGACCCGUCCAAGAAUAACUACCUCAAGUUCGACCGGAUCCUUGCGGAUGUCCCCUGUUCUGGAGACGGAACCCUGCGGAAGAACGUGAACCUGUGGAAAGAUUGGAACCCUGGCAAUGCUCUUGGGCUCCAUGUUACACAGGUCCGGAUCUUGGUUCGCGCCAUGCAGAUGCUAAAGGUUGGAGGCCGAGUGGUUUACUCCACCUGCAGCAUGAAUCCCAUUGAGAAUGAAGCUGUAGUCGCUGCUGCCAUCGAGAGAUGUCGUGGGCCGGAAUACAUCGAGAUCCUCGAUUGCGCCGACCAGCUCCCUCUCUUGAAGAGGAGAGACGGGCUCAAGAAGUGGCAGGUCGUUGAUAAAACCGGCCGCAUGUGGAAUACCUGGGCGGAGGUUGAAAAAUUCGCGAAGACCACCGAGGACGGAGUGGCCCCUAGCCGUCUUGUGGACACGAUGUUCCCAAGGCCCGAGGGUAGCGAUUGCGCGGAUCUUCCCCUUGAUCGCUGCAUGAGGGUGUACGGUCAUCUGCAGGACACGGGUGGCUUUUUCAUCACUGUCUUGGAAAAGAAGGCCGAAUUCAAAGCCAAGCCGGAGGAUGCGAGGAAGGUCCCCAACACUGCGAAUGGUGCCAAGCGUCCGCGGGAAGACGAUGCUGUGGCGAGCGAGGACACCAAACGACAGAAGGUUUCCGAAGUCGACGGCAGCAGCGAAACACCGACGGCUGGCGCGGCAGAGGUCCAGGAAAAGAAGGAUGACCAGAAGACUGAACCGGAGCUUGUCCCUGAACCCAUCUCCGAAUCCGUCACUGAACCCGCCUCUGAAGUUGAUGCGGCCAUGACCGGCGUCAGUGAUUCGGCGGCAGCGACCCCCUUAAAUGCGCAGACUCCAAAUUCCGGUGCGCCUCAGAUCGAGAGGAAACGAAAACAGGAGGGCCCAUAUGAAGAGCCCUUCAAAUAUAUCUCCUCUGAUAAUGAUGUGAUCAAGGAUGUCACAAAGUUCUACAACAUCUCACCCAGGUUCCCCACGGAUCGCUACCUGGUGCGGAACAUGUUGGGAACGCCAGCAAAAUCCAUCUACUACACGAGCGCCCUGAUCCGCGAUGUACUCAUCCUCAACGAGGGUCGCGGGGUCAAGUUCAUCCACGCUGGCGUCAAGAUGUUCGUCAAGCAGGACUCGCCGUCGGCCGAGGUGUGCCGGUGGCGGAUCCAGUCGGAGGGCAUGCCGAUCCUGCACGGCUACGUGGGGCCGGAGCGCGUCGUCGUGCUCCGGGAGAAGGAGACGUUCCGCAAGCUCCUCGUCGAGAUGUUCCCCAAGAUCUCGGACGGCCUGUGGAGCAACCUCGGCGAGGUGGGCGAGAGGGUCCGCGAUGUCGGCAUGGGCUGCUGCGUCCUCCGGGUCGAGCCCGACGGGACCGACCCGGACUUCAACGAGCGCAUGGCCCUCCCGCUGUGGAAGAGCUUCCAGUCGCUCAACCUCAUGCUGCCCAAGGAGGACCGCAGCGCCAUGCUGCUGCGCAUCUUCAACGACACCACCCCGCUGGUCAACAUCAGCCUCAAGAAGAAGAGCGAGCAGGACGCGAAGGCGGGGGAGGCCGAGGCGGACGAGGUCAAGGCGGAGGAGGGGGAGGAGUCGGCCACCGAAGAGGCUGGUGCUGUGGAGCCCCACCCGGAGAUCAAGGCGGAGGAGACCUACGUCGACCCCCAGGUCGCAGAGGAUGCGCCGUCCGAGGAGGACUAG